CUCUAAGCACAAUGUCUCAGCUCACACAGUAUUUUGGACAUUCUCGCAUCAAGUAACCCUUCCUGUCAAACAAAUCAGUUUUGUCAAAAUUUUGGUGAAGCCAUCGUAUGAAACCCCGUCUUCCAAAUUAACGUAUCAAAAUCACAUUUAAAUUCAUCGUGUGUUAAAAACAACCCCCAACCAUGGCAUUCGUCUGUCCAGAAAAAUCCCAACAACGCAAAUCCCUGCUAUCCAGCCUCAAAGACCUGGUGAACCAAAUCGGAGACAACAGCUGCCCCCCUCAGUGCUGUCCCCAACCUUGCGGACCCUGCCUAGCCAUACCAACAUGCACCCCUGGAACUUGUCCGCCUCAGUCUGCCACUGUACCCAUCAGCAUGCCUCCAAGCAACCCCCCGAUAUGUGUACCCCCCAUCCUGCCGAUCUGCAAGCCAGUACCACCACCAUGCGUGCCCAUCUGCAACCCCAACCCCGAAGAGCAGCCCUGCGUACCGUGCAACCCCCCGCAGAUGAUGGUAUGCUACAGAAGGCCCAAAAACACCAGCCUGCGACAGUCCAAGUCCAGAGAACUCAGAGCGGGGAUCCUGCACGUAGGCUGCGAUUGUGAGAAGCACAACGGUCUUCAAGACGACUGCCCCAGGUCAGAAUGCCAUGGAUCUCCUGAGUGUCUCACCCAACCGGAUCCCACUUGUGGCCCCAGCGCAUAUUCCGGAGGUAAACACGUUGGCACAGGCGGUGACAGCGGUUUGGAGCAGUACCAGUGCUACCCUGCCUACAUAAAGCUUCCCCAGUGUUCACCGUGCUCUGGACCACCCUCCGGUGGUUGUCCGCCACCUUGUGGCCCGCCAUCUUGUGGUCCUUGUUGUCCGCCAUCUUGUGGUCCGUGCUGUCCGCCAUUUUGUCCGCCUCCUAGCGUGCCUUUGAUCGCGCAGGCGCCGUGUCCGCCUCCUAUUCAGCCUACUUGUCCUCCCUUGGUGCCCAUCGGGAGGGUGGUUCCUGUGGCGCCUGCGGUGCCUUGUCCUGUCAUGUGUCCGCCUCCAGUGGCGUGCGCUCCUCCUACUGGGGGCGUGCAGUGUUGUCCACCGUGUUGUCCUGCGCCGUGUUGUCCUGCUCCUUGUUGUCCGUGUCCUUGUUGAUUUUUUUGUUUUGUAUUGUUUUACAUCAAUUGUUUCUGUCUGCCAUUUUGAAUGGAUCGUAUAUCGAAGUAUAUGAAGAAAUAAAAAAUAAAGAAACAAAUUGA